UCGGCGGGGAUCCAUUGUCGAUGCAGCAACGGUUGUUGGCGAUGCUCCAGACAGAAGUGCCGCAGCCGUGGAGGUUGGUUCAGAUUCCCUCGCAGCCGAAUGCAAAGCCGUACGUA